GCGGGGAGCUCAGCCGCAGCCAUGGGAUCGCAGCUGGAAGGGGCCAUGGAGACCCUGAUCAAUGUCUUCCACCACUACUCGGGCAAGGAGGGCGACAAGUACAAGCUGAGCAAGAAGGAGCUCAAGGAGCUGCUGCAGAGCGAGCUGGGAUGUUUCCUGGAGACCCAGAAGGACGCGGAGGCCGUGGAGAAGAUCAUGCAGGACCUGGAUGAGAACGGCGACGGGGAGGUGGAUUUCCAGGAAUUCGUGGUCCUGGUGGCCGCCCUGACCGUGGCCUGCAACACUUUCUUCUGGGAGAACGCCUGACCCUCCCCUCCUGCCGCGUUCCCGCGGGCUCCCAAAACCCAGAGCCCCCUCCAGAACCCCCAGCUCGGCCCCUCUGCCCCCCAGCAUUCCCAGGGGAUCCCGCUGGGAUCCAGCUGCACAAUAAAGGCACCAACCCUGCC